UUCAAUGACUGUCUCUUCUGGUCUCCUUCCACCAACUUUCCUUCCCUAAAACUUUAUCUUCUCCUAUAUAUUUUUAUCCCCCUUUGCAUCAAUUUUCUCAUUUAUAUCUUUCUCUACUACCUUCAUCUUCAUAACCCACUCAGUUAUCACCUAAGCCUUCUUCAAUGGACUCCUCAUGGUUGGACUUGGACACCAGACUUGACCUCAAUCUUAAUUCCUUGCCUCGCAGAGGUGAAGUUCCGAAGAGAGAAUUCCUAGGGGGCUUCACUGGAUUUGAAGAGAAAGUAUGUGUAAAACCUCAUGAGACUGGCCUUUUGGUGGAGGAGUUGAAUCGGAUUAGCAAUGAGAACAAGAAGCUGAGUGAAAUGUUGACAGUUCUAUGCGAGAAUUACAGUCUUCUCCAGAAACAAUACAUGGAUUUGUUAAGCAAAAGAAGUUCAUCAGAAACCGAACUUACAGCAGCAUCGAAGAAGAGAAAACUUGACAGCGAAGAUUGCAGCAGAAUGAUUGGAAUUAAUGGAAACACGGAGUGCAGUUCUAGUGAUGAAGAAUCAAUUAAAAGGCCUAAAGAAAACACAAAAGCAAAAGUUUCCAGGGUUUAUGUGCGCACCAGUCCUGAUGAUUCAAGCCUGAUUGUGAAAGAUGGAUAUCAAUGGAGAAAAUACGGUCAAAAAGUCACCAGAGACAACCCAUCACCCCGGGCUUAUUUCAAGUGCUCAUUUGCUCCAAGCUGCCCAGUCAAGAAGAAGGUGCAAAGAAGUGCUGAAGAUCCAACUGUUUUGGUAGCCACUUACGAAGGGGAGCACAAUCAUCUGCAACCUUCAAAACCUGAACUGCCUUUAACUCCGAGCCAGGGCUCUACUCUUUGUCCCGUUUCCCCGGCUAGUAGGUGUCAGGGUCCAGCUUUAACGCUCGAUAAGUUCCAAAGUGGAGUCUCUGAGGAUGCAAAGAAGUCGGUCCAGGAAGCUGAGGCGCCCGGAAUUGGACAGAUUUUGGUUCAACAAAUGGCUGCUUCAUUGACAAGGGAUCCGAAUUUUACAGCAGCACUUGCAGCUGCCAUUUCAGGAAGAUUUGUUGACCAAGGAAGGACAGAAAAAUGGUGAAUUACUAACAACAAGACUAGGGAGAGUUCAGUAGUUUCUGUGUUUAUUUUGCUUGUAAUAUCAAUUAACUAUUGGAAAAUCGAUUAGAGAGUUUUAUGUUUAUGUAUAUAGAAUUUUCAUAUUUAUAAGAAAAAAAAAAAGAGAAAAAAGAACAGUUCUUUCGCUAGCUUAA